AUGGAUUAUGUCGAAGUUGUUGAAAGCGUAAGAGAAAUCUAUGACAAAGACCAGACAGCAAAAUACGAUUUCAUAGCUCAAAGGUUUUUCCACGACUUUGGCUCAUAUCCAGGAUUCUUUGCAAGAGCUCCUGGAAGAGUUAAUAUCAUAGGCGAGCAUAUUGAUUAUAGCGGAUACCCAGUUCUGCCUAUGGCUUUAGAUAGAGACACUAUUAUGGCUGUAAGAAGAACUGAGAUGAGAAAUAUUGUUAUCAAAAACAUCCAAAGAAAUAAAUUUCCUGAGGCGACUUUUUCACUGGAUCAAAAACUCUCAGAUGAACAUGUGUGGACAAAUUAUUUUGUGGCAGGAUAUAGGUCGGUAACUGAAGAGAUUCCGGUGGAAAACCGGGUUGGAAUGCUUAUUAUGGUAGAUGGAGAUGUCCCGAUUGCGUCUGGGCUUAGCUCUUCAGCAAGCUUUACGGUGUGUGCAGCUUUAGCAACACUUUAUGCAAAUAAUCCAUUUGGGAAGACUUCUUAUAAAGAAUAUCUUCCUGAAGACCAUCCAAAGGCGAAAAAUAUGCUUGAGGACUAUUAUGUAGCUUCGACAAGAAUUAGCAAAAUUCAGCUUGCAGAAUUGACCACUAGGUUUGAAAGAAUGGUUGGAACUCAAUGCGGAGGGAUGGAUCAAACUAUUAGCAUUUUGGCUGAGGCAGGAACUGCUUCUUUUAUAGAAUUCAACCCAAUUCGGCUUGAGGCUGUUCCUCUGCCUAGCGGCUGCACUUUUGUGAUUGCAAACUCAUUAACUCCUUCUCCUAAAGUUUUAACUAUAGCAACAAGGUACAACAAAAGAGUUGUUGAAUGCAGAAUCGCAGUUGCACUUAUAGCAAAAGCUUUUAAUUUGCCUAUUUUCCCUAAAACACUCAAAGAAAUUCAAGAAGAAUUAGGAAGAUCUUUGGAGGAAAUGAUAGAAAUUGUAAACUUGCAUAUCAGAGAAGAAGAAUAUACCACAGCUAUGCUUGAGGAAACAUUUGGAACACUUUUAAUAGAAAUUGUGAAAGAUAUUCAAUACUCUGAUAUCGUUUUAAAUAACAAUACUUCUUAUAAACCAAGACAAAGAGCCUUACAUGUUUAUAAUGAAGCUAAAAGAGUUUAUGAAUUCAAAAAUGUGUGCCAAAAUAAUGGGGAUUGUGAAAGGCUUGGGAGACUAAUGACAGAAAGCCAUAAUAGCUGUAGAGAUCUAUAUGAGUGCAGUUCAGAACAAUUGGAAACGCUUAUUGGGCUCGCUAUUGAAGGAGGAGCGAUUGGUAGUAGAUUAACAGGAGCUGGCUGGGGUGGAUGCUGUAUAAGCUUAGUGAGGAAUGAGCAGUUAGAAGAAAUGUAUAGAAAGAUGUUGAAAUUUUAUGAGAAUAACCCUCUUGUUACUGAUGAUAAUGUAAUCUUCUCAACUGUACCGUGCAGGGGGGCUUGCAUUUUAGAAUCAAAAUAUUUUGCCUGGGCAGGUCAAUAA